UCCAGUUAUACUACAAACAUAGACCAAAAUGAUGCAGAAGUUCAGAUUGAAAGAAAGGAAGGCUUAUGGGUUGCCAUUUCAUUUCAUUGACAUCGAGGGAUGGAAAUAUGUCAUAUCCUUCUUAGUCAGCAUAAAGUCUUGUUUAUGGCUUCGGCAAGCAUGGGGCUCUCAUGUGGAUCUCUGUGAUUCACGUCUUCUAGUGCUAAUGGCAUCUGAGAGCCAGCUAUUACAAUCGGAAUAUGAGGAUUAUGUUGCUGUAAAUUCUGGUAGCCUUGCCUGCCUCCGUGCUGUUGCUCUCAUUUUGCUGAUAAUUUUGCUUGUACACCAAUUCCUUUUGGUGACUAGAGAUUCUAGCAUGGUCCAGGAAUCUUCAGCAUUCUAUAAUAUGAGUUCAUAAUGACGUAAACAUGCUUAUUAUACCAUAUCAUUUCUAUUAGAUAUUGAUCUAUUCUUCUUAUAAAGAUGCUAAUGCUAUUGGAUGAUGAAUAUUACUGAUACAGAAGAGCCUGUUAAUAUUUUUGUGACACAGGCAUGAAUGCAUUUGUAUAUUCAGAACUUCCCCUUUUUCCUAAUGAUUUUGAUGUUAAUAAAUGCUAUACAAUGAC